AUGAGUCAGGUACAACGGACUACUUCUGAACGUUCUCUUGAGCGGCAACUCACGCUCACGCCCCGUCCUCAAGACUUUACUCAAAGGCAGGGAGAAACCAAACAACAUCCUGUCUCGUCGCUAUCCUACCCGAGCCGAAAUAUUGCGAAAACGUCACAACUGCUUGAAGUCGACGUACCAAACAUUUUGGAUGGACAAGCACAACAUAUUAGAAAUCUGCAGAAUACUGUCAGCAACCUUCUCGAUAGGAACAAAUUUCUCAUUGAUAGACUCGGCGACAAAAUUGAGGAGUCAAAUUCUCUGCGAUUGAAAGUUUCAUCUGCAAAUCAGGAACUGCAAAGGACCCUUGACAAAAUGAGUGUCAUAUCGGACACCAUGGAUAACCUUCGAGAUGAAAUAUCGGAACUCAGGCUCCUGCAGGUGCCAAGAGCUACACCCAGAACCAUUAUUGUCAGCAAGCUGUUAGAUUAUUCAACACAGAAUCCGCGAUGUCCAGAUGGAGACGGUACUCAUACUGUCUCAGAGUCCAUCGAUAGACGUCUAACUACCAAUUUGAAAGGCACACUCGACACCUUACUGAGCACUGAUGAAACUCGGUGCCUCUGUUCAACUUUCGAAAGGUGGUUCGGUACCGACAUGCUGCAGACGAUAGCACUUGUCACCUGCUGUGUAUGUCGAAAACACAAGUUCAAACAGUAUCUCGGCGUUGCAUUUGCCGCGCCUGUUGACGAAUUCCUCACUGUGUUUCCAAGGUCUGGCUGUACUAGCCCUGUCUGCUCAGAGUGUUAUCUGAAGGCAGUUUCCUACUCCUUAGAUCGGCUUCAAGAGUCAUGCUGGACAAACAAAGGGCCAACGAUUUCCAUCUCAUGUCCUUGCGGCUGCGCGGGUAACGGAAAUUCUAUAAAUGACCGCGGUUUCUUAAUACAAUUGCUGCGACACCUAGGUGACGAGAAGCUCGAAAUCCAAAAGUUAAGAACAUACGACAUGGCUUUACAAGUUAUGAGAAUUCUGGAUAGCAUCAACCCGCCGCUUGCACGAAACGCCAGAGACCUAGCAGCACGCAUACAUCGGAAAAUGGUGGUAAAUGGCCUAAUGUACUCACCAUUUGACCUGAAGAUUCGGGACUUAGAUUACGACGAAACCGGAUUUCCACUGGCGCCAAAUUAUCAACUUGUUCAGCUACACGAUAUUGAAUAUGCUGGAGAAACAUUACGUAUGCCAAUUCUAACUCGAUUGCUUCGUGUUGAGAAGACGCCGACUGAGUGUGUAGUUUGCACCGACUCCAUCUACGACGUCUGUUAUGGCCACAUUGACCAAUGGAUAAAAGUCUGCGUUGAAUUUGACGGCGACUGGAUGUGGAAGCUUCUUCUAUUCCCCCAGAAACUUGCAACAAAAUGCGAUCACAUUAUCGAUUUUUGCACAUCGUGUUUACAGCAACAUAUUCAAGUUCAGCUGGAGACAUUCGGAAGAGGCGCCUGUGAAAACAUCCUUUGUCCAUCACAAGGAUGCAAGCGUGUGCUCACGUAUGAGGAAAUGCAGAUAUAUGCAGAAGAGGAGACAUUUUCAAAGUAUGACGAGUACUUGAAAAUUGAAGCAUUAACUAAAAUGCCCUCUUUCAUGUGGUGUUUAUCUGACAACUGUUCGAACGGUCAGAUUCAUGAUCUGAUCUUGGACAGUCAUGUUGCCUGCGCCGAAUGCGAAUUUGAGAUGUGUUUCAGCCACCAAAUGAAAUGGCACGACAACCUCACAUGCGAGCAAUAUGACAGUUUGAAAGAGACAGGUGAUCCUGAUUAUCAAGAGACGCAGGAAUGGGUGGCGACGAAUACUAGGCAGUGUCCGGGAUGUGGUAUUAAUAUCCAAAAGGAUGAAGGAUGCUUACACAUGACAUGUAAGUUCUAG